AUGGUUUCUCGGUCUAUGCGCGAUGUGGCGCCCGUCGCGCCGAAACAUCUUUUUUUGCGCGCGCUUGCGUGUGGUCUGGCGCCAAGGUUCAUGGAGGUGAGGAAGUUUGGCGAUGGCACCCUGAGGCCCCUCUGGAAGAAGACGGAGGUCUCCACGGUGCCAGAGAGGCCCAAGAACUUCGUCGAUGUGGAUGACCAGGUUGCUGGUCCAGCACCAAAGCCAUCAGAUGCUGAGCCAAGUCCCGAAGUGGUCGCGGCAAGCCCGCCGGAGGCUGCCCCAGAGCCCGCCAAAAAGCGGCCGGCAGAAAAGGCGCCGGCUGAGAAGGAAUCCAAGCCUAAGAAGCGAAAAGGCUGA